ACACUCUCUGACCUUCUUGUCUUAUCACAAACAAAUCUCUUACGUUCCAUUUUACUCAUCCAAACCUAUUCUCUAUCUCUUCUCCAUCACCAUCUCUUUACUGUAUGGGUUGCCGAGAUAUUCUGCUGACUUUCUCCGUCGCCCUCUUACUCAUCUCUCUGUUCCAGAUCUGGCUUUUCCGGGAAGGACAAGUCCGGGAACUGUCAGAAGACAACCAGGUUGGAAAAGACGUAAACACCCUCGCCUCCAAGAACAAGAAGGAUAAUGUUCAACGUCUCUUCCAUAGGUACUUCAAGGGUCUAAACAAUAGCAACAUUCGCUUUGAAGAUUCAUACAGACAGAUCCCUAGCUCCCCAGAUCGCCUCCACAACUAGUUAAUUGCUUCACAUUUGGAAUUAUGAUAUAUAUCAGCUAAUCGUUCAACUUUCAUAUAAAUCACGCACGUUAAUUUGAUUAUCGUGUUCAUUCAUAUUCAUGUCUUCGAUUUGUUAAUUUUGUUUCAAAAAUAAUUGCAUAGAAACACCAAGUCAUCAUUAUCUUACUCACA